GCGUGGCAAAACACAAAUGCAGUGUUGGCUAGGAGCGCCGAAAACAGUAUAAGAAGGUGGCCUUUUCCACGCCUCUACAGCUUCUUAUUACCAGCAUCUUCCACCAUCUUGCAAGCUCAUCACAAAGUCCAAGACCACCCACACAUUUUUUCAUUAUCAACAUUUGCAAUCACCAGCCAACCAACAUGAAGCGCGGACACAUCACCCUCCCGGCGCUGCAGUUCGCUGCCGCCGCCUUCUUCGCGCCCACUGCCCUCGCCGAGAAGUACUGCAUCAACAAGAGCCUGCAGGUCGCCGACAUGAGCAACUGCGACAACAAUGCCGGCGCCGAAGGCUUCAGCGUCAUCGACGGCCCCGCUGGCGUGGCCGCCGGAAGCUCGGUCACGUGGAACGUCGCCGACUUCAACAACGAGCGCCGUGCCGUGCCGCGCACCGCCGCUCCCGAGUACGACGAGCGGGAUCUCGAGGCCGGCGGCUUUGGUGCUGUCGAGGAGCGUGCGGCUACCACCACCAAGGGCUCGGGCUCUUAAAUGAAGGGCUGAUGAGGGUGGUCGCGAUGGGAAACCUGGGACUUUGUCGGGCCUGGGCUCCGAUCACGGUGUUGCGAUUCUGGGUACGGCGUUUGGGUUGCGUUCUUGGCGAAUUCGGCGGGUCCAUCGUUUUGCUUUCGACUGUUUUGAGGUCUUCACAGCUCCCGAAUUCUGCACAUGGAUUGUGGUCAGGAGCCACCUGGGGAAAGGGGUUGGGUUAGCACUAUGACCUAGGACGAGGCAGCAUCUUUUUCACAAUCAAUAU